AUUUUCAUGGAAGCCAAACAACGAGGAAAUCAGCAAAUCAACCUUCAACACGGAGAGCCACACUCGCAGUCUCAGGCCUACCAAGCUGUUCUCAGAGCAGGCCCACGUGUCAGACCCCUCCAACAAGCCCACGCCCAGAUCGUUGUCUUAGGCAAGCACUGCAACCUAGCCCUUCUCACCAAACUUCUCACGCUGGCUUGCGCCGCGGGUUCAAUAACCUACACUCGCCAGCUCUUCCUCACAGUCUCAAACCCUGACUCCUUUCUCUUCAAUUCGCUCAUCAAAGGCUCCUCCAAGUUUGGAUUCCCAUACGACGCCGUCUGGUUCUACCGCCGAAUGCUCCUUGCGGAUAUUUCGCCGUCCAAUUAUACUUUCACGUCCGUGAUCAAAGCGUGCGCGGAUCUCUCUGCAUUGAGACUUGGCAGAAGCAUUCAUUCUAAUGUUUUGGUUCGUGGAUACGGCUCAGAUUCAUAUGUUCAGACUGCACUUGUUGCGUUCUAUGCGAAGUCCAGUGAAUUAAGUAUCGCCCGCAGACUGUUUGAUAGAAUUCCGGAGAAAACGAUUGUCACUUGGAAUUCCAUGAUUUCGGGGUACGACCAAAAUGGGCUCUCAAGGGAAGCGAUUGGCUUGUUUGAUCAGAUGCGAGAGUUGGGUGUUGAGCCAGACUCCUCAACGUUUGUGAGUGUAUUGUCGGCUUGUGCUCAGUUGGGGGCAAUUGGUUUGGGAUGUAGGGUGCAUGAUUAUGUUGUCAGUAAUGGCUUUGAUGUCAAUGUGGUUCUUGGUACUUCUUUGAUUAAUAUGUAUUGUAGAUGUGGGAAUGUGAUCAAAGCGCGAAACGUAUUUGAUUUGAUGAGUGAACGGAAUGUAAUUGCUUGGACGGCUAUGAUUUCCGGAUAUGGAAUUCAUGGUUAUGGUAGAGAAGCAAUGGAGCUGUUUGGACAAAUGCAAAUUCAGGGUCCACGUCCUAACAAUAUCACUUUUGUUGCUGUAUUGUCCGCAUGUGCCCAUGCAGGGCUCAUUCAGGAAGGGCGCCGUGCCUUUGCAGACAUGAAGCAAGAGUAUGGCUUGGUGCCUGGAGUUGAACAUCAUGUUUGCAUGGUUGAUAUGCAUGGGCGGGCUGGACUUCUCAAUGAAGCUUAUCAAUUUGUCAAAGACUUGAACCCUGGGGAGCUGACUCCAGCUGUUUGGACUGCAAUGCUUGGGGCAUGCAAGAUGCAUAAGAAGUUUGAUCUCGGAGUGCAAGUUGCUGAGCAUCUCUUAGCUGUAGAACCUGAAAAUCCGGGUCAUUAUGUCAUGCUUUCAAAUAUUUAUGCAUUGGCUGGUAAGAUGGAUCGAGUAGAAUUGGUUAGAAAUAUGAUGAUCAGAAGAGGCCUAAAGAAACAAGUUGGCUAUAGCACGGUAGAGGUUGACCAUAAGACUCACUUGUUCAGCAUGGGUGACAAGUCCCACCCCGAGACAGAUGAGAUAUAUAGGUAUUUAGACGAUUUGAUGUUGCGGUGUAGAGAAGCAGGAUAUGUACCGGCAUCCGAGUCGGUGAUGCACGAGUUGGAAGAAGAGGAGAGGGAGUAUGCUCUCAGGUACCAUAGUGAGAAGCUUGCGAUAGCAUUUGGAUUGUUGAAGACCAGCGUUGGCAUGGUCAUCAGGGUUGUUAAAAACCUAAGAAUGUGCGAGGACUGUCAUUCAGCAAUUAAGUAUAUAUCAGCUGUCUGUAACAGAGAAAUUAUUGUCCGGGAUAAGCUUCGCUUCCACCACUUUAAUAAUGGUUCGUGUUCCUGUCUUGAUUACUGGUGAUAAGUUCCAUUUGCUUGUUGAGGCUUGACAAUUUUGCUAACUUGAUUAUCAAUGAGUAAAGGUUCAUCAAAGGCAGUUAAGGGAUA